AUGGUGCCCGUACCCUUCCGCACGCUGGACCGCAAUCUACUCACUCCAGAGGACUACGUCGACCUGUCGGACGUCCGCGGCAUCGCAGUCGACGCCGAGGCCACCACUCCACCACCCGAAAAUGACAAUAACGAAGAUCUUCCAUACAUUCCGUACGGUCGCAGACAGCACUUCAUAGACGGCGCCGUCCGGGUCACCUCACACACGCCGUUCCCAGUCAACACGCGCGGCUUCUUCUACUUCUGGUGCCGCCCACUCAUCCCCGUCAGCGGCUCGAUCCGCUUCCGCGUCGUCCAGGGCCCCGACCCGAAGCUCUUCAACCAGGGGACGGACCUCCUGAACGAAUUCGGCACACCCUGGGAGAUCCCGCUGCUCGCCAUCGCGGGGGUGGAACGGUACGUCUGCCUGCGCGACGUGCUCCUGCGACUGCGGCCCGGGCUGCACGCGAGAAAAUCGCUGGAGCGCGUGGGGGCGCUGAAGGCGAGCUCGACGCGGCCGGGCGAAACGCGCUUCGGGCCGUUGUCGCAGGUCCUGUACGAGGUCGGCGAGCCGUUCUAUAUCUCGCUGGUGUCGCACAACGAGGCCGUGUUCUUCGCGGGGGACGAGCAGAUCUACAAGCUGUACGCGCGCAACUUCCUCAACGCGCACUUCCACUCCGACUGGCCGUAUGAAGCGGGCAUCCUGAAGUGCCGUUUCGAGUUGAACCAGGGUGGCUUCGUCGUGCGCGUGCUGCGCAUCGUCGAGCCGCUGCGUGUGAAGGCGAAAAUCCUGCGAAAGGCCCCAUUCGUCGCCGACCCACCGCAGGCGGGGCAGCUGCUCACUAGAGACGGACAUCCGAAGCGCUUUUUCCGGAGCAGAGAGGAGGGAAGCACGGCCGUGGUGCGGGAGACGCUGCUACGCCGGUAUAAUGCGGCUCGACAGCCCAAGUAUCAGCGACACGCAGGCGUCGGAAGGGUUGGGGCUACUCAGGCAGAGCAGAGGCAGAGCAGCCGCACGCUCCAGUCGAAGAGCUCUCCGCCCAUGUACGACAAGGACUGGCAACCCCCUACAGUUGACGUCGCGCUGCGCACGCUCCGCCCCGACAACCUCGUCGCCUCCGACUCCGUGGAUCUCUCCGACGCCCGCGGUGUUGCAUACGACCCGGCGCACUUCGACGCGCACCCCGACGCGAACACGUCCGGGUACGUCCCCUACCUCACCUACGGCCGCCGGCAGACCCGCAACGCGGUCCUCAAGACGCGCGUCCUCACCUACACGCCCUUCCCCGUGAACACGCGCGGCUUCUUCUACUACCGUGCGCACCCGUCCGUGCCGGAGGGCGGGUCGCUGCGCUUCCGCGUCGUGCCUUCGCGCGACCCAGCAGACUUCGCGACCGGGGCGGACCUCGAGACGGAGUUUGGGACCCCAUGGCAGAUAGCCCUCGUCGCGAUUGCGACGCAGCCGCGGCUCGCGCUCGUGCGCGCGGUGCUGGAGCGCGAGGAACUCGUCUCGCCGGCGGGCUGGACGCGCGCGGCCGCGCUCGAGGAGUCGCUCGGGCAGAACCGCGUCGGGGCGAUGUCGCAGAUCGUGUUCCAGGCGGGGGAGCCGUUCUAUGUCGACCUCGCGGAUCCGGAGCAGACGGUGUACGUUGCGGGCGAUGGGGUGUUGCAGAGGGUCACCCCGCGGCAUAUGUUCAUUACGCGGUUCCAGAAGGCGGAGUACAUCUGGAAAUACACAGGGGGCGUCCUGCGGUGUGCGCUGGUUCUCUUCGGGCACAAGAAAACCGAGAAGGCUGUCUACGUGGAGGUGCAGCGCGAGAUCGAGCCGGUGCGCGAGAGCGAUGAGCGUGUGAUACGCUCCAGAUACGUGCAAACCCCUGUGGUCGGACAGCUCCUGCAGAUGCAGCACGGCGUGUACAUGGACCUGUUCCUCUCCCCAGACCCUGCCAAACGAGCGGUCAAGAAGAGUUUAUUCAAGCGGGGCAUGCAGGGUGCUACAGGUCAACAGACGUGA